AUGAAACCAUCUCGUUUAAUACGUCGUUUUAAUAAAAAAGGUCGUCAACAAAAAAAAAUUGUUAUUGAACAAAAUCCAUCAGCAAAUGUGAUUGUUGAAGGAGAGACAACAACAGCUGACAAUAAUUCAAUUUUACCAUCAAAAAAACGAAAAACUCAUUCUGUUAGUCAAAUAACAACACCUAGCAAACGUAAAUUAUCAAAAAAAGAACGUAAACGUCUGGAAAAAGUACUCGAUGUUAAAAAGAAAAAAGCUAAACGAGUUGAAUUACUUGAUAAAUUAGGACAAAUACAAAUUUCUAAUGAUGAAUUAGCUCUUCUUCAUUCAGUAAAAAAUAUUGGUAGCAAAACAAAACGUCAACCGAUUGAUAUUCAAGUUUCAACAACAAAUUCUUCUACUUCAAUUAAUUUUAAUCAACGUUCUAGAAAACGUCCAGCUCAAGUAUCUACAGAAAUAAUUCAAAAUGAUUCAGAAUCAAGUUCAAAUGAUGAUGAUGAAACUAUUAAUGAUGAAGAUAUUCGUAAAGCUUUACUUCCUUCGCAACCAACAACAACAACACCUAUUCCUCCACCUCCUAUCAAACGACGACAACGUCAAAGUAGUACAAGUAGUGUCGAAGAAACUAAAGUCGAUAUUCCAGCUCGACCACAUGCAAAUGUUCAAGUUGAACGUAGUGAAGAAAUUCAAGCAAUACGUUCACAAUUACCGAUUAUUACUGAAGAACAGGCUAUUAUGGAAGCUAUUCAUGAUAAUCUUGUUGUUCUUAUUUGUGGAGAAACUGGUAGUGGUAAAACAACUCAAUUACCUCAAUUUCUUUAUGAAGCUGGUUAUACUCUUGAUGGUAAAAUGAUUGGUAUAACUGAACCACGACGUGUUGCUGCUAUAUCAAUGGCAUCACGUGUUGCAUAUGAAUUAAAUUUAACAAAUGAUCAAGUUUCAUAUCAAAUACGUUAUGAAGAAAUACAAAAUGAUUUUUUAUUAACAAAUUAUAGUUGUAUAUUGAUUGAUGAAGCGCAUGAACGUAGUAUUGCAACAGAUGUUUUAAUUGGUUUAUUAUCACGUAUUGUACCAAUACGUUGUCGACGUAAUGAUCCACUUCGUCUUGUUAUUAUGUCAGCAACAAUGCGUAUUGAAGAAUUUAUUAAUAAUAAAUAUUUAUUUAAAUUAAAACCAAAAAUUAUUAAUAUUGAUGCAAGACAAUAUCCAGUUACAAUACAUUUUAAUAAACAAACACCAAAAAAUUAUAUUAAUGAAGCUUAUAAAAAAAUUUGUAAAAUUCAUCGACAAUUACCAUCCGGUGGUAUUCUUAUUUUUGUUACUGGUCAACAAGAAGUUAAAACAUUAUGUUAUCAAUUGAAAAAAAAAUUUCCUAUAAAAAUACAAACAGAAAAUGAUGAUGAACCACAUUUUAAAUCAAAAAAAUCGAAAAAGAAAAUACAAGCAAAAACAAUCGCCGAUAAAUCUUCAUUAGAUAUUAUUGAUGAUGAAGAACUUGAACAUUUACAAUCGGAUAUUGAAGAAGAUGAAGAAAAAGAUAAAGAAUGUUCAAUAACAAGUGAUCUUGAUGAUGAUGAUAAUGCAGAUAUUAAUGUAAAAGAAAUAUCUAUUGAACCACUUUAUGUUCUUCCACUUUAUGCAAUACUUUCAUCAGAAAAACAAGCUCGUGUAUUCGAACCUCCACCACCUGGUACACGUUUAUGUGUUGUAGCAACAAAUGUUGCUGAAACAUCCAUUACAAUAUCAAGUGUAAAAUAUAUAGUCGAUUGUGGCAAAGUUAAAACAAAAUAUUAUGAUAAAUUAACUGGUGUAUCAACAUUUCGUAUUGAAUGGACAUCAAAAGCAUCAGCUAAUCAACGAACAGGUCGUGCUGGUCGUACAGCACCUGGUCAUUGUUAUCGACUUUAUUCAUCAGCUGUAUAUAAUGAUUCAUUUUCGGAAUAUACAUCACCAGAAAUUGUUCGAAAACCUGUUGAAGAUCUUGUUUUACAAUUAAAAACAUUAAAUAUUGAUCGUCUUGCUAAUUUUCCAUUUCCAACAUCACCUGAUUUAAAAGCAAUUAAUGUUGCUGAACAAAUUCUUAUUCAAUUAAAUGCAUUAGAUAAUAAAUCAUCAACAAAAAAAAUUACUGAAUUAGGUCGUCGAAUGUCAGCAUUUCCAAUUAAUCCAAGAUAUUCAAAAAUGCUUGUUAUUGCUCAAGAAAAUCAAGAUUUAUUACCAUAUGUUAUUACACUUGUUGCAGCACUUAGUGUUAAUGAAGUAUUAAAUAGUGGAGAAGUUAAAAUUCAAAAAAAUAAUCAAGAAAUUAAUAUUAAUUUAGAUGAUUUAAGACGACAAUGGAUAGGACAAGGUGAAUCACUUUUACUUGGUGAUAUAAUGGUUUUACUUAAAGCAGUUGGUGCAUUAGAUCAUCAAAAUUCCAAAAAUGAUCUAUCUAUUUGUAUGCAUUAUGGAUUACGACCAAAAGCUAUGACUGAAAUUCGUAAAAUUCGUCGACAAUUAAUACAAAUUGUGAAAUCAAUAUUACCAGAAACAGGAUCAAUACUUGAUGCUCGUCUUUUACCACCAAGCGAACAACAAAUAUGUCUAUUACGUAAAGUACUUGCAGCUGGUAUGGUCGAUCGUUUAGCCAAACGAAUCGAAGGAUCUGUUAUAAUUAAUGGUCAUAAAGCAAAUAAUGCUUAUCAGACUCUUCUACUUGAUGAACCGGUAUUUAUUCAUCCAUCAUCAGUUCUUAUUAAUGAUUUACCAUCAUUUGUUUGUUAUCAAGAAGUACAUGAAACAAAUCGAAUAUUUAUCAAAGAUAUUUGUGCUAUUCAAAUGGAUUGGAUUGUUCAAUUAAAUCCACAUUUAUGUUCAUUUGGUCCUAUUGAAGAUGAUCCUCAACCACGUUAUGAUGAAAAUCAAGAUAAAAUGCUUUGUCAUCGUAAAGCAACAAUAGGUCAACGAGUAUCAUGGUCACUUGGUUCAUCAAUUGAAACAAUAUUUCCAACUAAUACAAAUGAUCGUUAUCGUUGGUUUGGAAAAUAUUUUCUUGAUGGUAUUAUUUGUCCUCGUCUUUUACAAUUUCGUUCAACUUUAUUAUGUUCAUCAAAUGCUAUGGUUAAAUCAUGGGCAUCACUUAUGGAACGAACACAAUUAUUUCUUAAUGCAUUAGUAAUAAAAGAAAUUGAUAAUCGAACAAAAUUAAAAGAAAUUUGGUCAAUAGAACCAAAAUAUCUACUUGAUGUUUAUUGUAAUUGGUUACCAGAAUCAUUACAUGCACAAGUUAGAUCUAUAUGGCCACCAAUACCAUUUGUUUUGGAAAAAUAA